CGUGGGGAUUCCGCUGCCUUACCCGGCAUGCCCUGCGGCAAAAUGGCGGCCUGAGGCGAGCGAGCUGGUCCCGGCCGGGAGGGGCAGGGGAGGGGAGGCAAAGUUUGAGGUGAAGAAUAGUCGCUUUUUUUCAAAAUGCUGCCAACAGAGCCGGACAUUUGGUUUAGCAGCGCAUGUCCCCAGGUGAGCUGAGGCAAGAGAAGGGCAACAAAGCUGCACAAAUCGGAAAAAACUGCGAGGGCUUCGCUGCCGGAGUUCGCUACACCGGGCUUGCUUUCCGUGGCAGCGAUUCUUCGCUUCAGAGGCCGAGCCUGUGGAGAUUGACUCAGUUCUCAAGAAGUCUAUUGAUUGGUACUUCCAGUGUCUGAAAGUGUGUACUUGCAAAGGGAGAGUUUCAGGAGUCGCAGGCUGGAUGCUGUUGGAUGUGGUCCGGAGAAUGCAAACUCAGAGUCAGGAGGAAAACCAUGUUUGGACAGGACACCACUUGAGGUCAUCAGACUGAGUGCCAUCUUCAUGAGGCUUCAAAUGGUAACCCAGUCUGGUGACCUGUUGUGAAAGUCAAGUGAGAAGAACAAUGACGAGCACAGUACCUUCUAAGAAGCCCUACCGCAAAGCUCCUCCACAGCACCGUGAGAUUCACCAUGAGCUGCCCAUCCUGCGUGAUGAUCAAGAUGGUGUGAUUUUGGCAGAGCAGAGUCAGGAGCCCUUGACAGAUGCAGAAAGGAUGAAACUGUUGCAGCAUGAAAAUGAGGAGUUGCGUCGACGCCUGGCCUAUGUCACCAACAAAAUGGAAGCAAUGGAGAAGGAGUUGGAAUCUGGCCAUGACUAUCUGGAGAUGGAGUUGGGCCAGAAUCGGGAGGAACUAGAGAAAUUCAAAGAUAAAUUCCGUAGGUUGCAGAAUAGUUAUACAGCCUCACAGAGAACCAAUCAGGAUUUGGAAGAGAAGCUGCACACCUUGGCCUCUCUCAGUCAAAGCUGGAUUUUUGCAAUUAAAAAAGCAGAAAUGGAUCGGAAGACUCUUGAUUGGGAGAUUGUGGAGCUCACUAACAAACUUCUGGAUGCCAAAACAACCAUCAAUAAACUGGAAGAGCUUAAUGAGCGAUAUCGGCAGGACUGUAACCUGGCAGUGCAGCUCUUGAAGUGCAACAAAUCACAUUUUCGGAACCACAAAUUUGCUGAUCUUCCCUAUGAACUGCAAGACAUGGUUAACAAGCACCUACACAGCACUCAGGAGUCUCCAAGUCCUGGGCAGGAGCUCCCUCAUACCUUGGCUCCAUCUGAUGUUGUGCCCACCUCAGUGAUUGCUAGAGUUUUGGAGAAGCCAGAGUCAUUGGUGCUAAACUCAGCCAAGUCUAGCAGCGGCAGUUGCCCCAUGGCGGAAGAUGUGUUUGUUCAUGUUGAUAUGAGUGGGGCACUGCCUGACGCUUGUUCAAGUACAGGACAGCCUGGAAGUGAGGUGUCGGAAGGAGCGAAGCAACAGAAUGGGACCUGCAAGCCCCAGAGCUGCUUAGAGAGCCUGCCUGGUGAUGUGCCCACCUUUGAGAAAUUAAGUCCCUAUCCUGCUCCACCCCCUCCCCAUCCCAUGUACCCAGGACGCAAGGUGAUUGAGUUUUCGGAGGAUAAGGUAAGGAUCCCAAAGAACAGCCCUCUGCCUAACUGUACUUAUGCCACACGGCAGGCAAUCUCCUUAAGUCUGGUCCAAGGGGAAGAUGAGAGCAGUGACAGGCAGUGCACCCUUCCGAGCAGUCCAGCUUCAGAAGGCCAACGCUCAGCCUCCAGUUGUUCUUACCAGCCCUCUCCCAAGGUGAGCCGAGCUCAUGGCUCCACACACAGCAGCCCCUUCAGCAGCCCGCCCCAGGUUCCCAGCACAUUUGCUAGCUCUGCCAGCUCUGAGGAGGAUUUGCUAGCUAACUGGCAGCGGAUGUUUGUGGACAAGGCUCCCCCCACUACAGAGCGGGUAUUGGUGAAUCGCACAUCCUUUAGCCGUGACACAGCCCAGGAGCUCCAGAAACGUUUCAGCCGCUCCAUGCAAGAGCUGGGCCGGGCAGCUUCUGCCUACUCAGAUGGUGAGGAGUCAGUGCAGAGCUGCAGUUGGACUGUGAGCAGAGAAUCAAGCAUGGACACAGACAGCACAGAAUCCCGGGCCCGCCGAAGUCACUUCUCUUCUGAUUAUGGUACAGAUUUCUCCCAGGAUGAAGCCCGCAAAUUGCUGCAAGGAGGUGGCCAGGAGGGGUGUGUGGAUCCUACUAGUUCUUCCCCAGAGAAGCACAAAGACUACGUAGACCUAGAUUCAUUGGGCAGCCCUGCUGAAGAACAGGAAAUGCUGUUGCAGGGAAGUAAGGAGAGCAGCCAAGGGGGGAUUUCGGAACAGAGCACAGAAGGCAAGAACAAGCCUUCUGGCCGCCCACAUCGCAGCCCCAAGAGAAUGGGUGUUCAUCACCUCCAUCGGAAGGACAGCCUGACACAGGCUCAGGAGCAAGGCAACUUGCUGAAUUGAGGGUAGGGAGGAAGAGAGCAUCUUGGCUGCCUAGAUACAUUGUCAUGUUCAGUUUUGUUCCCAAGGGCUGCACUUCUAAUUCUGAGGUCCAAAGGAGGACCAUUGUGGUACUCCUUGCCAGGAAUUCCAGGCCAUUUAAAAAUAUUUAUUGUAUUUUUUAUUACACACGAAGAGUAGAAACAGCUCUUCUAUAGCACCUGAUAAAACACUCGGAUGUACACCAGCACACUGCAUUUGUGCUAGUGUUCACAGCUCAGUUUGCACUCAUUCCCAUUCUUUCAAAGUUUAGUUCUGCCUUCACAUUGCUGUUCCUUGCUGCUAAUAUUACAUCCCAUUGUUGAUUUUUGACUUUUGAUCCAGAACACUUCAAGUUUGUAUCCCUACAUUUUCAAUUUGUGCCAAGAAAUAGGUACCUGCUGUUCCUAUUUUUCUUGUCUAAACCUUUUAGCAACCUACCAUGUGAAGUCCGUGAGAGAGGCAUGAAGGCUUCCAUUGGUGCGCAUCCCUGGUAUGCAAGCUUUGUUUUUAUUUUGCUGAAUUAGUUUUUUCCCCUCACACACCUAUUAUGUCGAUAUGCUUAAGUGUGAACAGGUUGGACAAUGGUCAGAGGUCACUCUUACAGUUUUCUUGGCUUCUAAGUCACAAUCCAGUCAUAGUGUUUGUUUGGAAGGAUUCUGGACUCUGAAUCUAGGAUUCCUUCUGACAAGCUGGGCCUGAAAGGUUCCUGUCACCCAGCAAUAUGGAGCUGAACUGUUUGUGAUAAUGGACUGGGUUAGUGUGCCUGUCUCUGUAACUGUCACAUCAGUUCUCACUUGGAUGGUUUGUAUCUCAUUAUCAGUGUUGUCAGACUAUGUAUGCUCUUACUUUCUGUUAGGUCUUUGGCUUCUAAAAUGUGCUGAUGUCUCCUUUUGUAAAUGAGCGAAAAAAAACCCACACAGACACACAUGAGAGUACCCAAUUCUUCCAAGACUCAUCUUCUUCCUCAUUGUUAGUGUUGCACAAUAUCCAGUCCACAGAUUUCCUUCACCAGCUGGGGAAGAGAUUCUUAUUGGUUAAACAUGAAUGAUGCAGCCAUCUUGCCCUUGAUGGCUGCCCUUGGCAAAAAAAUAUGCCUGUUCUCUGUUUGUUGCCCCCGAGAGACGGCAGAUGAGGAAGAGUGUUCCUAUUUUGGUCGGGGUCCACAUUGAUACUAGUGCCUUUCAGAGGCCUUAUCCAGGGUCUGAGAUUCCCCCUUCCCUCCUUGUUUUGUCUUUUAUGAGUGUUCAGUGUUUUUUGUUUUUGUUGUUGCAAUAUGUUUCUGUGUUUCAUGUAUGUAUGCACGCUUCUGGGACAGAGUUUGAGGGUGGGAAAAGGUUCACAGUGUUAGGAAUUGUUCACAGAAAGAUCAUGCUCCUACAUCUUAAUUUCUUUGUGUGCUGUACUCUCUUGGUGCAUUCAGUGAAAAGUCUGUUGGUUGUUUUUGCUUGAAUGAGUCUGUGUGAUCUUCUGCCAGAGAGUUACCCUAAAGCCUUUCUUCUCAGCACAGGGAAUCUCUUCCCUUCUGAACACCAGCAAAGCAGCCAAAAGCUGCCAAAAUAAAAUAAAAUCCUAGUCAUAAGCUCUGCAGGACCAACAACUUACCCUAAACCUACCAAUAGCCACUGGUUAACCAUUAUGUUGUGUUGACUUGCCAAUCUGCCAUCUACAGGAUUUGCGCUGUCCUGUGCUGCCUCCCUUCAAAUCCACCAUGGUCUCCUAUGUGUUAGAGGCUUGGACAAUUCAGCCAUAACUGACUUUGGUCUUAUUAAUUAGCCCCCUUUUAUUUGGCUGCUAGCUACUGCAUUUUAGUAUUGUGGCUUGAUUCAUUAUUUGAUUCGACUGUGUUAACAAAUUGGUGCUACAGACGGAGACCUUUCCUUUUGUCGACAUGACGCUUUAUCCCUUGGUAAUCUACCUUAUAUGGCUGGCAAUUGGUUGCUUUGCUCCUCCCCUCUCCUACAGCAGUAUUUGAUUACUUGGGACUUUUCCUCUAUGAAGGGCAGAAUUCAGGUUGCCAUUUUGUCCUUGAUAGGCCCUGCAGUGUCCUCUCUUUCCCUUUAGGAGUGCCAGAAAUAGGAAGACUUCAGGGCUGCUUCAGAAAUUCAUAUGCAGUAGUAUUGGACAGACAUAGUGCAGGUUGGAACCUGGGCUUUUGGCUGCUAGGCUAAAACAAAAGUUGAUUUUAGCAUAUCUCUGCAAGGUGGGAACGCGAGUCCUGACCCCAGUUCUCCCUUCUUGCUGUGUACCACCACACUUAAGGCAUUUGAUAACUGAACCAGUUCAUAACCACCAGACAAAAGAGAACCAAUUUAAUACAGGGUUGACACUAUGAUUUCCCUUUUGCCUUGAAUUGUGUUGGCGCAGAGGGAGAAAGGGCAAGAUCAUUGCUGGGUGCAUCUGAGUAGUGCCAGUUCAUAUGAGAUUGGGUGCGGGCACAUACGACAAGAGGAUUAUGGAGACAAAGAUGUGUGUCCAGAAGUAACCUUCCUCCCAGAGCUCCUUUUGCACAGGCCGGCAUCCUAGCCCUUUGUAUCUUGCUCAUCUUUGGCAGUAUUAAUUAUCUUGGGCAGUGUGACUUGCCUUCUUCAGCUGCCCCUCAUUUUACAAUGUCCCAACUACUCAAGACUGUUAACCUGCAACUAAUGUGUUUUUCUGAGAUUUUCAAACUGAUGAUGUAUAUUUUAAAGCCAGAAAUAAACUAUUUUAAAAGUA